AUGAGGAUCUAUGUAGUGAGCUCCAAAAACAAAGAUGGAGAAAUAAAAAAGGCUGGCUCAGAAGGUGAUAUUGUUGAUAACUCAUCUGAGUCACCUCCUCCUGCAAUGAAGGUUCGGACUCACUCUAUGUCUACAGCAGAGAGAGUGACUCCCAAAGUGGCUGAACCAAUCAGGAACCCAGUAGAAGAAAGGCUGAUCUGGAAGGACCUCGGAAAACAGUUGAACGCAGAACUAAAAGGCAGAUGUCAAGAGAUAAAUUCCUCUCCCCGGAGGUCCUUGGUCAUCUUGGAACACACUGAAUCUCUACCAGAGAGGAAGUCAGAGGACAGUUGGAGUCUCCCAGGGUUAGAAAGAAGCUCUCCUGUUCCUUCACCCAGUCGUUUCAUCUAUUUAGAAGACACUUCAGAAUCAAAGAAUAAAUCUUCAGAGAUGUUUGGAAAUGAUGAACAUCUGCUUAAACCUCGGCUCCGUCUGAAACAGUUUCAGAAUCGCAGAGCCAUCUCAGCACAUGAAGAACAGCUCAGGAACCAAGGGUAUACGUCCGAACUUGAGAGUGUAAAACUCCCUCUUGCUCGGCUGCAGAGAUCUCCAGUAAUGAAGCUGAAACAAAGAAUUGAAUCCUCCAAUUUGCAAACAAGCAGUGCGACAAAGGUUAACCUGGAAACAGAAGGAUCUGAUAAGCGCGAGCAAGAAAAGAAAGUGGCUCUCGCAGAGUCCCCACUAGCUGCAAAACCUGAUGGGAAUGUAACACAAACCCCUGUAGAGACUGCACAAAAUACAGCCAUAGACCAAAGAACUGAGAUAUUAUCAAGCCAGCAACCCUCUGAAAAUAACUGAGGAUAAAAGGUUGUCCUAAUGAUUUUAUUCCCAGGGGAUAUUUUGGUAACAAUACACCUGGGCUGGAGGUUUAAUCACCAAAGAUUGGCAGUUGUGAAUCUCUAGUGAGUAACCUCAACAACUGAAAGGUGCAGUCUCUAGUAUGAUCAGUACAGGAAAAGUGCAUAUUUUUUUCAAUGGAUACAACUGAUGAAACUUUUUAUUUUAACCCUCUGCUUCUGAGCUCAGCACAGCUGGUGGUUUGGAAUAAAAGUGCAAGGCUGUAGAUGACCCUGAAUCCCAGCAUCAAACCUCUUUAGGAAGCUAUCUUUAACUGUACUGUGUCAUUAGAUUGUAAGCUCUCUGGGGGAUUGGUAUUGCUGUUCUCUGCAAACUGUGCACAUUAACAGUGCUCUUGAAGGAAACUGUAUUAUGUAUAUGGAUUUAUCUCUAUCAGAGCUGUCUAUCUUACACCCUAGGAACCACAAAGGGACACUCCACUUUCAAACACUUUCUGGUCCUUCCCUUGUUACGAUCAAAUACUGUUCUUUUCUUACACUGGGAGUUAUCUUCCAGAAUUUUGAUUUAAAAACAGCAAUAUUAUUCUUUAAAGGGACAAUGAAGUCAGAAUUAAGAGUCAUGGUUUAGAUAGAGCAUUUCAUUUAAAUACAAAUUCCAAUUUACUUCUAUUAUUAAUUUUGCUUCAUUCUCUU